AUGAAGUUCCAGAGGAAGAGGGACAUCAAGCAGCAGAUCCGGGAGCUGCGUGCCAUCAUCUCACUGCAAGAACAAGGGAAGAAGCUUUUUGCGCAUUCGACGGAGGAGAAGCUCACUCAGAACAAAGGGCUCAUCAGCUUCCUUCGCGGGAAUGUGCACAAGGAGAUGUGCACCCUGGGCGUGGCUCAGAAGUAUGACAAGGUGACGAUUUCCCGGGCAUGCUGGGAGCAAAAGCGCUUGAAGAUGCAUUUAGCCAGGAGCACCGUGGAGGCCGCCCGAGAGAAGCUGCAAAACUCCAUCUUUGACAGAAUGAAUGAGCACAAUGUGCUGCUGUAUGAGGUGAAGAAGCGGGGCGGGAUGCUGGAGGGGCUGCAGAGAAAGCUGCGACACCUGGCAGACAUGGAAGGAGUGGACAGACAGGGCCAGAUACAACAGCAGGUGAUUCGUCAGCUGGAGAAUAACACAGAGAAAAUGCUUAUGAAAAUCAGGACUGGUGAAAAGAUUUAUUAUCUGUAUCUGAAGAUGGUUGAUUUCCUGAAGGAUGAAUUAGCCCAGCUCCCUUUGCAGCUGAACGUCCUUCAGCACAUGGUAGAAGUCUACCAGGUGGAGCUGAAGGGCAUGAGACUGAUGGCUGUGGAUGCCACCGAAGCGACAGAAGCAGCCAAGGCGGACAUGAUCAAUAUGGAAACUGAGUUCAUUGCAGAGAGAAAGUUCAGGGAGAAUUCCCUAAACUUCCAAAAGAAGCAGAUUGACAGGAUCCGGGUCAAGGAUGCGAGCGAGCGGCACAGGAGAGUGCAAGCCAGGCGAGAGCUCAAUGUGGAUUUCCCAGGCCUGAUGUCGCGUGAGUCGCUGAAAGGUGCAAAGCUGGAGGCCUCCAAAGCCCAGAUUGAGUAUCAAGACCAAGUGACAUCUGAUGUAGACAAGAUAAAGUGUGCAGUGCAGUGCUCACACCUCUGGGACAUCGCAGGGAGGUUCCUGGCCCAGCAGAAGACUGGGGAGAACCUGCAACAGCAGAUAGUGGAGUGUGAGCAGAAGCGUGAGGAGCUGGAGGCCAAGCUGAAGGAGCUGGAACUGGAACGUGCUGAGCUGAAAUUCCAUCAGUCCCCAAGCUCCAUAAGCUCUAGGAAACUGGAGGAAGAAUUGAAGAAGAAUUUGGAGGAGGAAGAGGUCCGGCUACACCAGGUGCACACCCAAACGCAGAAGAAUCAGGAGCUUCUGCUCAGCUUUGAAAAUGGCGUUGACAACCUCCUCAUUCGCCUGUGCGGGAUCACUGUGCCUGGCCAUGGUGACAUUCGCGUGGACACCAGUGACGCUUACGACAAGCUGCAGUUCUGUGAGACAAAGCUGCUGCACUUGACAAAGGUCAUGACCAACCUUCCAUCCUACAACUUCAGCAGGGAGGAGAACAAUGAGACCUAUGUGAAAGUUAGGAAUUUCCUGGAGGAAAGUACAAGGAAUGAGCGUCAGAACCUGAAGAUUUCUUUUGAGGAUGAAGAUGCCGCCGUUAGAGAUGCCUUUGAUUUUGCUGACAUUGACCACAGCUACGUGCCCAACCGGGACGAGAUCAAAAAGCAGGGUGUGCGCCUGAUUGAAACCAUGACCAAGGCAGCCAAGAAGAAGCAGCGAGGAGGCCGGAAAGGCCCCUAAGGCCCCGGGCCACCCUCUCACACCAAAAGCAAAUUUAUUUCAGGCUUAAUAAAGCUCUUCACUUUGCUCGGCUGGCCUCAUGCUGCCCAGGCCCACUCAGCGCCACGAGAAGCUGUCAGCGCCGCGGCUGGGCUGGUGAGGGCCCAAUCCUGUCAGGCGCUGAGUAGGGUUAUCACCUUUGAAAGGCAGGGGACAAACAAGCCACCUCCACAG